UGUGAUAAUAAAUUACAUUCUUUAUUUUUUUCAGUUUUUUUUUCUUUUUUCUUUUUUUUUAUCUAUUUUCAAACUUAUACAAACAUGACAAGUGAUAACAAGAAUAAGCUUUUACCCAACUCUGGUAUUGAAGAUACAGAAGUUGAUCCUAGCCACGACCCUGCCACUGCUAUCUUGCGUCGUAAGGCUGCACCCAAUAAGUUGAUGGUGGAUGAUGCUACCAACGACGACAACUCUGUUAUCACACUCUCUACUGCUACUAUGGAAAGGCUUCAACUCUUUAGAGGUGAUACAGUUAUUGUUAAGGGAAAGAAGAGAAGAGAUACUGUCCUUAUCGUAUUGGCUGAUGAUGAAAUGGAAGACAACAAGGCUAGAAUCAAUAAGGUUGUCCGUAACAAUUUACGUGUCCGUCUUGGUGACGUUCUCACAUUACAUCCUUGUCCUGAUAUUAAAUAUGGUAAACGUAUUCAAGUUCUACCUAUUGACGAUACCGUGGAAGGCUUGACUGGUGAUUACUUUGAAACCUUCUUGAAGCCUUACUUCUUGGAAGCAUACAGACCUGUACGUCAAGGUGAUACUUUCCUUGUUCGUGGUGGUAUGAGAGCAAUUGAAUUCAAGGUGAUUGAAACUGAUCCUGCACCUUAUUGUAUUGUUGCACAAGAUACCAUGAUUCAUUGUGAAGGUGAACCUCUUAAGCGAGAAGAUGAAGAACAAAGCUUGAAUGAAGUUGGUUAUGACGAUAUUGGUGGUUGUCGCAAGCAAAUGGCUCAAAUCCGUGAAUUGGUUGAAUUACCUCUUCGUCACCCUCAAUUGUUCAAGUCUAUUGGUAUCAAACCUCCUCGUGGUAUCCUUAUGUUUGGUCCUCCUGGUACAGGUAAGACCUUGAUUGCCAGAGCUGUUGCCAAUGAAACGGGUGCCUUCUUCUUCUUGAUCAAUGGUCCUGAAAUCAUGUCCAAGAUGGCUGGUGAAUCAGAAAGUAACCUUCGUAAGGCUUUUGAAGAAGCUGAAAAGAAUGCUCCUGCUAUCAUCUUCAUUGAUGAAAUUGAUGCUAUUGCUCCUAAGCGUGAAAAGACCAAUGGUGAAGUUGAACGUCGUGUUGUUUCUCAAUUGCUUACCUUGAUGGACGGUAUGAAGGCCCGUUCUAAUGUGGUCGUGAUUGCUGCUACCAACAGACCCAACUCUAUUGAUCCUGCUCUUCGUCGUUUCGGUCGUUUUGAUCGUGAAGUCGAUAUUGGUAUUCCUGACCCCACUGGUCGUUUGGAAAUCCUUCGUAUCCAUACCAAGAACAUGAAGUUGGAUGAUGAUGUUGAUUUGGAACAAAUUGCCUCUGAAACUCACGGUUAUGUUGGUGCUGAUGUUGCUUCUCUUUGUUCUGAAGCAGCUAUGCAACAAAUCCGUGAAAAGAUGGACUUGAUUGACUUGGAAGAAGAGACAAUUGAUGCUGAAGUCUUAGACUCUUUGGCUGUCACAAUGGAGAACUUCCGCUAUGCCCUUGGUGUCUCCAACCCCUCUGCUCUUCGUGAAACUGUCGUUGAAGUUCCUACUGUCAAGUGGAGCGAUAUCGGUGGUCUCGAAAACGUCAAGCAAGAAUUGCAAGAAACUGUUCAAUACCCUGUUGAACAUCCUGAAAAGUUCUUGAAGUUCGGUAUGAGCCCCUCCAAGGGUGUUCUCUUCUAUGGUCCUCCUGGUACCGGUAAGACUUUGUUGGCCAAGGCUAUUGCCAACGAAUGUCAAGCCAACUUCAUCUCUAUCAAGGGUCCUGAACUCUUGACUAUGUGGUUUGGUGAAUCUGAGGCCAAUGUUCGUGAUGUGUUUGACAAGGCUCGUGCUGCUGCUCCUUGUGUCAUGUUCUUUGAUGAAUUGGAUUCUAUUGCUAAGGCCCGUGGUAACUCUGCUGGUGAUGCUGGAGGAGCUGGUGACCGUGUCCUUAACCAAAUCUUGACAGAAAUGGAUGGUAUGAAUGCCAAGAAGAAUGUCUUUGUCAUUGGUGCCACCAACAGACCUGAUCAAAUCGAUCCUGCCUUGUUGCGUCCUGGUCGUCUUGAUCAAUUGAUCUACAUUCCUCUUCCUGAUGAAAGCUCUCGUAAAGCUAUCUUGCAAGCACAAUUACGCAAGUCUCCUGUUGCCGCCGAUGUUGAUUUGGGUGUCAUGGCCAAGCACACUCAAGGUUUCUCUGGUGCUGAUCUUGCUGAAAUCUGUCAACGUGCUGCUAAACUUGCUAUUCGUGAAGAUAUCGAAAAGGAUAUUGCCAAGGAAAGAGCACGCAAGGCCAAGGAAGAAGCUGGUGAAGAUGUUGGUAUGGAAGAAGAUGAUGAUGAAAGUGAAUCUGUGCCCGAAAUCACUCGUGCUCACUUUGAAGAAGCUAUGCGUUUCGCUCGUCGCUCUGUCAGUGAUGGUGAUAUUCGUCGUUAUGAAGUCUUUGCACAAAACCUUCAACAACAACGUGGUUUUGGUUCCUUCAAGUUCCCUGAAGGCUCAGCUUCUGGAGGUGCUCAAGCCAUGGAUGGUGUCAGUGGAGAAAAUGGUUUCGGCCAAGAGGGUGGUGAUGACGACUUGUAUGCAUAAAUUAAAUUUCUCAUAAUCAUUCUUGAACAUAAACUUUAUCCCCCAUUAUAUUUUUUUUUAUUACAAAAUCUCUUUUUUUGGAUUGUUAAAUAAACACAUAUUUUUAUUCGCGUCAA